AUGGGAUGCGACAUCCUCCUUCUCCGGAUUCUCCUCUUUUUCCUCCCCUUCCUCCCUCUCCUCCUCCUGGGUAUCUUCUAUCUCUUCCCCUCCAUUCCCCACCCUCCUCUUCUCCCUCCUCCUCUGAUCCCUCCUCCCCUAGCUCUCCCUCGUCUUCCUCCUCUAUCUCUUCUCCUUCCUCUCCCUCCUCUCCCUCCUCUCCCUCCUCUCCCUCCUCUCCCUCCUCUCCCUCCUCUCCCUCCUCUCCCUCCUUAUCUCCUUCCUCUCCUUCCUCUCCUUCCUCUCCCUCCUCCAGCUCUUCCUCUCCCUCCUCUCCCUCCUCCCCUUCCUCCAAUCCUCCCCCUCCUCCUCUCCCUCCUCUACCUCCUUUUCCCCCUCCUCUACCUUCUCUUCCCCUUGACUCACAUCACCCACUACUCCACCUUUCCUCUCUCUCCUCCUCUGCCACUUUCUCUUCACUAUACCCCUCAAUUUCCUUCCCAUACCCCACAAUUUCCUUCCCAUACCCCAUAUAACCACCCCAAGACCCUCGCUACUAUCAGAACCGCCUCCCCCAGUUCGACCUGCCCCUCCAUGCCUCCUCUCUCUUCCACAGACCUUCCAAGCCUACCCUCUUCUCUAUCCCUCCCUUCCUUGCUCCCACUCCCUUCUUCUUCCCCUUUUCUCCCGAACCACCUCAGCAGCAGCCGCCGCACCAACUCCCUCACGGCCUCCUUCAACGGCAUGAAAGAAGCUGCCCUCAUGCAUUCCCUCACAACGUCUCCCAGCAGCAACAUCAACACAAAACCCCUCUCGAGUCAUUCCACAACUGCCCUCACGAGUGCCCUCCUUAGUGCCCUCACGAGUCCCCUCCUUAGUGCCCUCACGAGUCCCCUCCUUAGUGCCCUCACGAGUGCUCUCAACACCAAAACAGCCCCCCCUUCGCCUCGACUCUCCUCUCCCUCCUCUCCUCUUUGCUCUCCCUCUUCGCUCUCCUUUUUCCCCUCUUUCACCUCCUCUUCCCUCACCUCUUCCCUCACCUCUUCCCUCUCUUCUUUCCUCUCCUCUUUCCUCUCCUCUUUCCUCUCUUCACUUUCCUCUUUCCCGCUCCUUUUUCAUCUCCUUUCGUUCGCCCUCCUCUUUUAUAUCCUCCUUCCUCUCCACUUCCAUCUCCUCUUCAUCUCCUCUCCUCCUCCUUCCUUUUCUUUCCUCUCCUCUUUCCUCUCCUCUUCCCUCACCUCUUUCCUCUCCUCUUUCCCUUCCUCUCUCUUCUCUCCACUUUCUCUUCCUCUCCACCUCCCUCUUUCCUCUCAUUUUCCUUCUCCUCUUCCCUGUCCUCUUUCCUCUCCUCUUUCAUCUUCUCGAUCCCCUCCUCUUUUUCCCCCACUUUCUCUUCCUCUCCACCUUCUUCUUUCCUCUCCACCUUCUCAGAUUUCUCCUCCCUUUUUUCCUCUUUUUCCUCAGUCCCUUUCUCCAAUCCCUCCUCCCUCCCCUCCUCUCGUCCCUCCUCUCUCCCCUCCUCUCCACCCUCCUCUCUCACCUCUCUUCCCCCUUCCAAUACCCUCUCCUCUCCUACCCCCAAUUCCUCCUCCUCUCCCCCCUCCAUUCCCCCCUCCAUUCCCCCCUCCAUUCCCCCCUCCUCUCCGUCCUCCUCUCCUCCCUCCUCUCUCUCUCCCCUCCUCUCCGUCCUCCUCUCCUCCCUCUCUCUCCCCUCCUCUCCGUCCUCCUCCCUCCUCUCCUCCUCCCUCUCUCCCCUCCUCUCCGUCCUCCUCUCCUCCCUCCUCUCUCCCCUCCUCUCCGUCCUCCUCUCUCCCCCUCCUCUCCGUCCUCCUCUCUCCCGUCCUCUACUCCCCCCUCUCUCCCCUCUACACCCACAAAGCCCUGCCUUUGACCUUUUCCAUCGCCACUCCUUCCCUCUCCAACAAAAUUCCAUCCUCCUCCCCCCCACUCACCCCUCCCUCUUCUUUCACCCCUCCUCCUCUUUCAUCACCCUCCCUCUUCUUCCAUCCCUCCCUCUUCUUCCAUCCCUUUCUUCCAUGCCUCCCCUUCCGCCAUUUCCCUUCCCUCCACACCCCUCUCACAUCAUCCCACUCUAGCCUCAUACUCUCCCUUACCAUCCCCCCACCAUCCCUUCUUGUUUCUACCCUCCCAUGCUCCUGCAACCCGUCCUCCUUCCCCUCCUCCUUCCCUACCUCCUUCCCUUCUUCCACCCCUUCCUCCUUCCCUUCUUCACCCCUUCAUCCUUCCCUUCUUCCACCCCUUCAUCCUUCCCUUCUUCCACCCCUUCAUCCUUCCUUCUUCCACCCCUUCAUCCUUCCCUUCUUCCACCCCUUCAUCCUUCCCUUCUUCCACCCCUUCAUCCUUCCCUUCUUCCACCCCUUCAUCCUUCCCUUCUUCCACCCCUUCAUCCUUCCCUUCUUCCACCCCUUCAUCCUUCCCUUCUUCCACCCCUUCAUCCUUCCCUUCUUCCACCCCUUCAUCCUUCCCUUCUUCCACCCCCUUCAUCCUUCCCUUCUUCCACCCCCUUCAUCCUUCCCUUCUUCCACCCUUCAUCAUCCUCCCUUCUUCCACCCCCUUCAUCCUUCCCUUCUUCCACCCCUUCAUCCUUCCCUUCUUCCACCCCUUCCCUUCCCUUCUUCCACCCUUCAUCCUUCCCUUCUUCCACACCCUUCAUCCUUCCCUUCUUCCACCCCUUCAUCCUUCCUUCUCCUUCUUCCACCCCUUCAUCCUUCCCUUCUUCCACCCCUUCAUCCUUCCCUUCUUCCACCCCUUCAUCCGUCCCUUCUUCCACCCCUUCAUCCUUCCCUUCUUCCACCCCUUCAUCCUUCCCUUCUUCCACUUCCACCCCUUCAUCCUUCCCUUCUUCCACCCCUUCAUCCUUCCCUUCUUCCACCCCUUCAUCCUUCCCUUCUUCCACCCCUUCAUCCUUCCCUUCUUCCACCCCUUCAUCCUUCCCUUCUUCCACCCCUUCAUCCUUCCCUUCUUCCACCCCUUCAUCCUUCCCUUCUUCCACCCACCCCUUCAUCCUUCCCUUCUUCCACCCCUUCAUCCUUCCCUUCUUCCACCCCCUUCCUCCUUCCCUUCUUCCACCCCUUCAUCCUUCCCUUCUUCCCCCACCCCUUCCUCCUUCCCUUCUUCACCCCUUCAUCCUUCCUUCUUCCACCCCCUUCAUCCUUCCCUUCUUCCACCCCUUCAUCCUUCCCUUCUUCCACCCCUUCAUCCUUCCCUUCUUCCACCCCUUCAUCCUUCCCUUCUUCUUCCACCCCUUCAUCCUUCCUUCUUCCACUUCUUCCACCCCUUCAUCCUCCCUUCUUCCACCCCUUCAUCCUUCCUUCUUCCACCUUCCACCCCUUCAUCCUUCCCUUCUUCCACCCCUUCAUCCUUCCCUUCUUCCACCCCUUCAUCCUUCCCUUCUUCCACCCCUUCAUCCUUCCCUUCUUCCACCCCUUCAUCCUUCCCUUCUUCCACCCCUUCAUCCUUCCCUUCUUUUCUUCCACCCCCUUCAUCCUUCCCUUCUUCACCCCUUCAUCCUUCCCUUCUUCCACCCCUUCCUCCUUCCCUUCUCCCCCCUUCAUCCUUCCCUUCUUCCACCCCUUCCUCCUUCCCUUCUUCCACCCCUUCAUCCUUCCCUUCUUCCACCCCUUCAUCCUUCCCUUCUUCCACCCCUUCAUCCUUCCCUUCUCCACCCCUUCAUCCUCCCUUCUUCCACCCCUUCAUCCUUCCCUUCUUCCACCCCUUCAUCCUUCCCUUCUUCCACCCCUUCAUCCUUCCCUUCUUCCACCCCUUCAUCCUUCCCUUCUUCCACCCCUUCAUCCUCCCUUCUUCCACCCCCCUUCAUCCUUCCCUUCUUCCACCCCUUCAUCCUUCCCUUCUUCCCCCCUUCAUCCUUCCCUUCUUCCACCCUUCAUCCUUCCCUUCUUCCACCCCUUCAUCCUUCCCUUCUUCCACCCCUAUCCUUCCCUUCUUCCACCCCUUCCUCCUUCCCUUCUUCCACCCCUUCAUCCUUCCCUUCUUCCACCCCUUCCUCCUUCCCUUCUUCCACCCCUUCAUCCUUCCCUUCUUCCACCCCUUCAUCCUUCCCUUCUUCCACCCUUCAUCCUUCCCUUCUUCCACCCCUUCAUCCUUCCCUUCUUCCACCCCUUCAUCCUUCCCUUCUUCCACCCCUUCAUCCUUCCCUUCUUCCACCCCUUCAUCCUUCCCUUCUUCCACCCCUUCAUCCUUCCCUUCUUCCACCCCUUCAUCCUUCCCUCCCGCAGCCACACCAGCCACCUCCACACACCUCUCUUCAACAUCCAUCCCUCUUCCUCCACUCUCUCCUCCCUCUUCUUCGUCGCCACCACUCUAUCGGCCCCUCCACGCCUUUCCACUCCGCUGAUCCCACCAACGUCUAUCACCCCCCUCGCACCACCACCAAUUUCCUCCUCCUUCUCCUCAUCCUUCUCCUCCUUCUCCUCCUCCUCAUCCUUCUCCUCCUUCUCCUCCUCCUCUUCCCUCUCCUCCUUCUCCUCCUUCUCUUCCCUCUCUUCCUUCUCCUUCUCCUUCUCCUUCUCCUUCUCCUUCUCCUUCUCCUUCUCCUUCUCCUUCUCCUUCUCCUUCUCCUUCUCCUUCUCCUUCUCCUUCUCCUUCUCCUUCUCCUUCUCCUUCUCCUCCUCAUCCUCCCUUGGAGCUUCUUCUCUCGCCUUACCCCUCGCCCUGCUGCGUGUUUGCAGAUGCUUCCUUACACCCCACACCAUGCCAUCACCCACACCACACACAACACCCAUACCAUCUGCGUUAUCCCCGGACCCAUCAUGCAUCACACCCCCAUCAACCGCAUCCAACCGCCUUCGCUUCACAUAA